AUGUCCACUACUCCUUUCGACUAUUCCUUUAUCUGCCUAAUUCCUAAGAAGGAGGGAGUGGAGAGAGUAAAUGACUUCCGAUCUAUCAGCCUUAUUAACGGUAUUCAAAAGAUCAUCUCGAAGGUUCUAAUAAAUCGUAUUGCAGCGGCGAUGAACGAGUUAAUUUCGCCCUCCCAAUCAGCAUUCUUAAAAGGGAGGAACAUCACCGACGCAUAUGUCACCAUCUCUGAAAUAAUAGAAUGGGGUAGUAAGAAGUUUACCGAGGGGGUCGGCAUAAAAGUGGACUUUGAAAAGGCUUAUGAUAGGAUCCAAUGGCCCUUCUUUUUCAAAAUUCUUCAAUGGUGGGGAUUCGACGCGACGUGGUGUGCAUGGAUCGAACAAUGUGUAUGCAACGCUAAAGUAGCUAUAUUGGUCAACGGAGAGGCGACCAAUUGGAUCAAAAUGAAGAGAGGAGUGCGACAAGGGGACCCGUUAUCACCAUUCUUGUUCUUGUUAGUUGCGGAGUGUCUCGCCAGAUUAACCAGCAAGGCCACUUCUAACAAUCUAUUCAAGGGUAUUGGUCCAUCUGACGAGAGUAUAACGACCCUCACACAGUUUGCGGACGAUACUUUCGUCUUCUCCGUGGCUUGGAAAAGAUAUAUGAGAAACCUCAGAUUGAUGUGGCACCUUUUCGAGUGGGCUUCUGGGUUGAAAAUCAACAGAGAGAAGUCGGAGCUAUAUUACCUUGGAAAGACUGAGAGCAAAGCGGCAAGACUAGUGAACCUGCUUGACUGCAAAGUUGGCACCUUCCCAACCUCCUAUCUAGGGUUUCCCCUCUCCCCUAAACCUCCCACGAAGGAGACAUGGCGCUUUUGGUCAAAUGGUGGUGGAGAUUCCAUACAGCACCUCACCUAUAGUGGAUCAAGAUUAUCCGUGCCUUAUACUACCAAAGAAGAAGACCUUUGUGGGAGGGAAACUGCUUCGGGCCCUUCUCACACUGGUGGAAAGGAAUGGUGUGGGGACACCACACUCCAAACGGCCUUCCCGGAGGUUUACGAGCUGUUGGACAGUAAUCCAAUGCUAAUCAAGGAUUGCUUUAGAAGGGACGACUGGAACUGGACUAAGAUCCUAGGAGACGAGUCGAUCUUUACGCCUGGCCUGGGUCCCGACAUUUCUUCGCUCAAAGAUAGGGUUAGCAGUUUUAAGAUAGAACACAAGCUGGAUAAGAUAGGGUGGAGAUGGUGUAGCAACGAUUUAUUCUCUGUUAAAUCGGUCUAUAGAAUGUUGAGCGAUGGGGGAACGAGGGAUGGACACACUAACUUGAUCUGGAAGCUCAGAAUACCACUCAAGGUCAAAGUGUUAUGCUGGCUUGUCCUUAAGAAAAGACUUCUUACAACUGAUAACUUCGUCAAGAGAGGGUGGACUGGAGAUACAGCCUGUGUGUUAUGCAGGGCUUACGAAGAGUGGAAGGGUGGGUCUGGUAUGCGAAUUAGGAGCAAUGGUCUUUCCGAAUUGGUCGCAUGCUGGUGGACGAUUUGGAAGGCCAGGAACAAUCUUAUCUUCCGUAAUCUUCAGCUUGACCCUAUUUUAGCCGUUCAAAGGCUCAAGAUGCUGCUUUCUUCGUGGAAAGAUAUGCUAUGA